AUGACGCGGUUCGCUGCGAUCGCUCUCACUUCCAUUGCCGCGUGUGCGCUGAAGACCGAGCCCGAGCAGCAGACGAGCCUAAUCCUCCCCGGUGACGACAACGUCAGGGCGCUGGGCCAGACGGGUAAGGCGAUGAGCGGCAGCGACGGCGUCUUCCAGUUCAGCGCGGAGGUCGCCGCGGCCGAGGCGGCGGCCCUGAAGGCGAGGGAGGAGGCGGCGGAGGCCAUCGCGGCGGAGGGCGCCAACGCCAGGGUCUCCCAGCGCCAGCUGGAGGCCGAGGACAGGCGCGCGGAGUCCCAGUUCAUGCGCGAGGUGAAAACGGAGUCGAUGAUCGAGAGGGUGGUCGACCAGACGGCCCACGAGGUCGACGCGGAGGACCAGGCCGUGGAGGACAUGGAGCGCAGGCUCAAGGUGAUGGAGGGCCAGGUGAGGCGCGACAGUGACGGCUGGCAGAAGUUCCAGGCCGACAACCCUCUGAACGACGGUCGCGGCGUGUGGGUCGACGACCGCAACAAUGAGCCCCUCAAGCGCGAGCAGAAGGCCGAGCGCCAGAUAGACCAGGAGCUCGCUAGGGAGGAGGGCAACGAGGCCAAGCUGAUGGUACACGCGCGCAAGCAGGUGGAGAGCGCCCUCUUCAAGGAGAGAGCGUACCUGCACAUGCGUCCCAAGAUGGAGCGCGAGACCCAGGGCAGGCUGGCACAGGAGGCGGAAAUCCUGCGCAAGACGGCGAUCGAGAACGGCACCAUCUCCGAGGACGAGACCGCGCAGCUGCUCGACAUGACCAAGCACGACCUGGACAACAUCACCAUCAAACUCGACGCCCUCGCGAAGAACAAGUCCAAGGAUAUGACCGCGGUUUGGAUCGAGGAAAAGCUAGAUGGCUCGCGUUCGAAGGUCUCUGCUGCCUCCGCCAAGAUGCUCGAGGCUAUCAAGCACAUGGUGAAAACCUUUAAAGACCGCCACACCGACUACGACGACCACCAGUUCCUGGGACUGCUCUCCCGCGUCCUCAACGAUACGAUGGCUGAGGUCAAGAUCUUCGAGAACACGAGGGAUUACCAGAUGACCCGUCUGGACAACUGGGACAAGUCCAACGGCGAGAAGCUAACCUCCUCGCUUGCCAACGCCAUCCAGGGAGUGACUGGCAGCCUGGAGUUCAGGAGCCGCCUCACCCAGAUCGAUCCGGCCCGCCUGGCCAGCAUGCAGACGAACGAGGCGUGCUUCUACCUCACCAACCUUGUCAACACCGCAAUGGCCCCGGCCUACCAGAGCCUCGCGCACCAGAAGGCGACUCUCGACGACAUGAGCAAGAUCGUGCCGAGCGUCACCAGCAAGUACCCCGCCUUUGUUCAGGAGAGCAUCGGGGCACGCGCUGCCGCUCUGCUCGACAUGGCCUACAUGGAGAAUCUGGCGCUCAAGGAGGUGGCCACGAACAUCGUGCAGGACUCUGAGGCCGCGCCCGUCGUCAUGAGCCGCCUCCGCUGCGCCAUGAGCGGCGCCGCGCGCUCGGGACUCGCCGCCGCCGCAUUCGUGGCCGCCGCGGCCUGGCUGGCGCAGUGA